GCUGGUGACGCCGUUGGAGCUGCUGCAGGGCGUGAAGGACGGCGAGAUGCUGCUGUUCGCGCUGCCGUCGUUUCUUCCGAUCUACGCGCAGAAUCGAGAGUUCGGGUUGGACGAGGAAAGCUUCGUUCGAACGACGGAUCCGAAGCCGCAUGAUUAUGUGCAGAACGAGUUGAUGCAGCUGCCUGUGGGGAAGAUUGGGAAGAUGAGGGUGCAUGAGAGUGGGCGGAUUAGUUUGGAUAUAAAUGGGUAUGUGGUGGAUAUGAACGUGUCGAUUCCUCUUCGCUAUCAGCAGCAAGUGGCUACGAUCGACCAGCAGCAAGUGAAUAUACUGGGCGAAGUGACGCAUCGGUUGGUGCUGACUCCAAACAUGCAGAAUUAUCUUUGGGAUGUUUGUUUGAAUCGUGUUGAGCGAAAUUGGUGCUUGGAGAGGCGAUAUUUUGUAAGAGACCUCCAAUAUUAUCAAGGCGAUCACGAGGCUGAAUACACAUUGACGAGAGCUGGGAAGGUUUGCCUAUUCCAAAACGGCAUACUGAAGAUGUAUUACGAGGUGGAUGCAAACGGGAGCGAAAUCGGCGACUUUACCCGAUUUGAAAAUGGAUGUGUCGCUUUUGUGCAAUCCUAUGAUGAUAUCUGGGACAGAAAGAAUUUUCAUCGUAUAAUAAACCAUGUCCGAGGCGAGCGUAUGGAAAUCUAUUCGCAUGCGAGUGAUCACCUGAUAUAUCACGGUGAAUUCAAUGAGAAGCGAGAACGAGAAGGAUGGGGCAUCCAAUAUGACGAUAAAACGGGUGCCAUGUUGCUUGAGGGAAUGUGGAAGGGGAACAAGUUCGUGGAGAUCAUCCGCAAAAUCGAAGGAAGCAUCAUGAUCGAGUUCAAGCGAAGCGGUAACAACACCAUCGCUUCGAAUCGAAUUCCCCUGUAUGUGGGUGAAUUCGUUUAUGAUGAAUCGAAAGAAUCGUUUCUUCGAAAUGGUCGAGGAUACUGGAUCGAUGAAGAAACUCGGAUUGCUACUCGCGAAGUGGAAUGGAAAGAUGGAGUGGAAGUGAGUGGAAGAGAUCUCUAUGAUGGAUGGCAUAUUCAUUCACUCACUCAAUAUUACUUGUUUAUUAUAUACUAUUGCUAUGGUAAUCACAUUGCAUUUCACAUUGUUUUGUUGAUCAAAUAG